CAUACAACCAACCUAAUCCGUAGUUAUAUUGCCAACGACUUAACGACUUCGUACCUACUCUUUUCUUCUUCCCGGCACCAACAAACGAUUCAAGCUAUAUUUAUGAUAAUGUGCAAUGAUAUACGAGUUUAAAGAAGAAUAGCACCUACCCGAGGGAAGCAAACAUCUUUUUCAACUAGCAAGACAGACUUUGCUAUGAGUGGAGAUCAACCGACUCCAAGCUUUGGUGAUCCAAACGCUCAGCCUCCCACUCCCAAACAGACCCCGACGUCUAUUGCCUUCCCAAAUUCUGUCUUCGAAACCCCCAAGAACAACCGAGCCUCCUUCGACGAGUCAUCUGGUUGGACUCCUCAGUUUGCCGAAGAAUAUUCCGUCUUCAACUCUACUCCCGGUAACUUGAAGGGUUCCUCGCACUCUCACUUUGUCGACUUUUCCAUUUCCACGCCCUUCCGGUCUUCGAAUCAUAAGAGGCCCCUGUCUACCGAUAGUAUCGCUGCCGAAAUUGCAACUCAUGUUACCCACUUCUCGCCGAACCCAAACCUUUUACCGCCCGUUGAUCCGUCUAGGCGGGUGCCUUCUUCUACCAGCCCCUUAGUAACCGGUCAAAGCCCAACCGAAGCGGGUUUCCGGAAUAGUUCGCAACAGCUGUCUAAGAAAGUUUGCCGGGAUACGGCGCAAGAGGUGAAGGUCCAGACGGCUACACCGCCCCCGUCUACUCACAAGGGGCAGCGCCGACUUGCACCAAAGUUGCAAACGGGCACCAUGCAAAAUGAUGGAUUCGAACAGGAGUUCGUAGCUGGCACACCACAGCAGCAACACAUGCCAAGCUUCAUUUCGACAACCCCUACCGACCUGUUUGGAUACCCAUUGUCGGCUCCCGCUACGGCUCCGAGCUUUGGAGACUCACGCAUGUUCUGGGACACUGAUAUGAGUGGAAUGGACCUUGACUUCUCGACCACCAGCGCAAAUGUAUUCCAGAGUUCUGGCCACCGACCCAUGAGUUCUCAGGACUGGGGCAAGUCCAACGAGAUGUUUCAAGAGACUGGCGCAAUUCCCCCACAAAGUCAGGAGAGUAACCCUCCGGCCAAGAAAGAACGGGCACUUGCGCCAAAGCCUCCAGUUCCGAGCUUAGAUACGGGGGUUGCGGAUACAUCAAUGUUCAGCUCUUCUUUUCCUGCUUCUGCUGAUGAUUCUUUCACUAUGAUGAAUCAUGGUGGCGUGGACCCCGGCCUUCUUUUCACUAGACCGCCGUCCUCCAACAUGGAACCUGCUCCUUUCGAUCCCAUGUCCCAGCCUCCCCUGUUGCAGUCAUUCUCACAACCUGAGCCUGAGCCCAUCACAUUAGUCGCGAAGCCACCGAAGCGUGGUGCUGGUCGUCGCUCAGCUAACACCAAGGAGCCGAAAACCGGUAAGAAAGCAACUCGGGUGUCUGCAAGUUCGCCUAUCAAACCAUCAGACCGUCCUGGCUUGUCGCGCAGUUUUAGCGAGAAGAUAACUCGGAAGCCCGUCGGUAAGACAGCCAAUUUACCUAAUCUCGCACCGGCCACGCGACCUGUUCCACAGAAUGUCGGAAGGUCAGCAUCACAAGGAUCAGGAGCCAAUGGAAGAGUAUCGCCGCUGAAAAACCAACCCCGCCGACUACCCAGCCUUUCUUCCAUUCCAGAAGCUCCGGUCCCGCGAACCCAGACGUCAGUUAAGUUCACAAUAGACUCCAAGGGUCGAGCUCGGGCAGAGACAACGACAGUGGUAUUGAACGAUGAUGAUACCGCACCGACAGUAGUGCGUCGUCGCCGGAAAGAACAACGAGACAAAGGGAAAAGCUGGGCAUCAUCUGAAGAUGACGAGUCGUCUACAGACGAUGAACCUAUCAUUAUUCCUAGUCGAAACACAUCUUUCUCGCUACCACAACCACGGAGACCAUCAACGCACUCUUACCAUUCUUCCCAGCGAAGUGUUAGCGACCAGAGCACUAGUAGUCUCGGAAUUUACUAUAACGAACCCAACCCUAUGGAUCAUGACGGCGAAAGCGAAGCUGAGACGGUAAUGAACAUGACAGGCGGUAGUAACCUUGGUGACGCAGCGAGCGAGCUACGCAAGGUUAUGGAAAGCCGGCAGAAGCGGCCAUCAAACUUGAGUAACGGCUUGACAUCACGAGCGGCGUAUAGCAAUAGCGCCUCGGUAACGCCCGCCUCCACAAAGACCAACGAUCGCCAUAUUCCUUCCGCUGAUCGUGGCCGCCGAGUUCGGUGCGUCUGUAACGCGAAUAAUAGCCACGCCAGCGGAAAUGCUUAUAUGGUCCAAUGUGGCUCAUGUGAUUUAUGGCUUCAUGGCAAAUGCGUCAACAUCACUAAGCAAAGCCAGCCUAGUGUCUAUAUCUGCGCAUUCUGCGCAAAUACGCCCAACGCUCACGGGAUGCGAGGGAGCCAGGCACGCAGGGGCAUAGGAGGACCAAACUCCCGGGUGCCUGUUACAUCUCCGUUAGCACACAAGUCGUUUAAAUCGUUUAGAUGAAGACGACUCGUGGUGCUCAAAGCGAUCCAACCAAACUUAUUGUGUGAUAUCUUCCUUCUGUUAUAAUAGGGAUGUAUGAAUGGUGCUCAGUGGAAAUUAUAGAUGGGGAUAGAAC